CUAGAAGUCUUGGGGUUCGGUGUCCCCCGCCCAGAUCGGGGGUGAGGGGCAGGGUCUCCCUCUAGCCACGACGAACAGACGGCUCCCCCUACCGGUGCCCGCUGCUCUGCAGGCCCAGAGUGCAGGUGUCCCGUCCCUCCCUGACACUCUCGGGGUCCUUUGCUGUGAUAUGGGGCGGCCCUGUUGACCCGACAGCAGGACGAGAUGGGCGGGGGAGGCCGAGGAAGAACGAGAGAGUGAGGUGGACGUGGGCACAGGGAGGCCGUGUCCCCGCAGGACAAUGGCUCAGGAGGAGGGAGAGCGCCUGCCCCAGGUGCUGGCACGGGUCGAGGCCGCUCAUGGCAUCACCGAUCUGACCCAAAAUCUCCACUUCUAUGACCGCUGGGCUCCGGACUACGACCAGGAUGUGACCGUCCUGCAGUACCGAGCCCCCAGACUAGCAGUGGACUGCCUCACCCAAGCCCUUCCAGCCCUGGCCCCUGACGCCCUGAUCCUGGAUGUGGCCUGUGGCACUGGCCUGGUAGCUUCUGAGUUGCAGGCUCGGGGCUUCCUCCGGCUCCAUGGGGUGGAUGGCAGCCCAGAAAUGCUGAAACAGGCCCAGGCCCGAGGCCUCUACCAGAGCCUCAGCCUCUGCACCCUGGGCCAGGAACUUCUGCCCAACUCUGAAGGGACCUUCGAUGCAGUCCUGAUUGUGGGAGCUCUCAGUGAUGGCCAGGUGCCCUGCAGGGCAAUACCUGAGCUCCUUCGAGUCACCAAGCCAGGUGGUCUGGUGUGUCUGACUACCAGGACCAACCCAUCCAACCUUCGGUACAAGGAGGCUCUGGAAGCCACUCUGGAUGAGCUUGAGCAGGCUGGGGCCUGGGAAUGCCUGGUGGCCCAGCCUGUAGAACACUGGGAACUGGCCACCUCUGAGCACGAGGUGGCACCCGGAACCUCUGCCAAGGAGAGCUUCAUCCCAGGAAUCAUAUACCUGUACCGAAAGCAGGAGGUCCCCAGGUGAGGGAGCGAGGCCCAGCUGCCAGCUCCCAGCUAGCGUUGAAGUUUCUACGUGGCCAUAGCAGUGCCAAUCCACUGGCCUGCCUCUGUCCCCAUCUGUAAA